GUGCCACUGUCAACCAUUCUUUGUGUACAUAAAUAGGCUGUUCCCCCUUCUCUUUCUGCGCUCAAACCUAACCAAAUCAUCUUUUCCUUCUUGUCUUGUCUGCCAGCCAGCUAGCCAUUUCUUUUCAUCAUUUCUAAAUAUGGCUGUUGAUAGUAUUUUCAAAUAUUUACUAAUUUUUAAUAUCAUAGCUGAAGUUGUUGCAAAUGAUGCCGACCUGCUUCAGGAUAUUUGUGUAGCGGAUUCAACUUCAGGAGUUAAGGUGAAUGGAUUUGCAUGCAAAGACAGUGCAAAUGUGACGGCAGAUGAUUUCUUCUUUGGAGGCCUAGCCAACCCUGGAGUGAUCAACAAUUCAGUCGGGUCAAUUGUAACAGGUGCCAAUGUUGAAAAAAUUCCAGGGCUUAACACUUUAGGAGUGUCACUGUCGCGCAUCGACUAUGCACCCGGUGGCCUCAACCCACCUCACAUCCACCCUCGUGCCACUGAAAUGGUAUUCGUGCUCGAAGGUCAAUUAGAUGUAGGAUUUAUUACUACUGCUAACAAGUUGUUCUCCAAAACUAUCAAGAAAGGGGAUAUCUUUGUCUUCCCAAAAGCUCUAGUUCACUUUCAGAAGAAUAAUGGUGACACUGCAGCUUCAGUUAUUGCAGCAUUCAACAGCCAAUUGCCUGGUACUCAAUCCAUUGCAGCCACAUUGUUUACGGCUACGCCAGCUGUGCCAGACAAUGUUUUGACUAAGGCCUUCCAAGUUGGAACCAAGGAGAUUGACAAAAUCAAGUCCAAGCUUGCACCCAAGAAAAGCUAAACAAGCCUCCCAGAAUAAGCUUUAGAUAUAUCACCUAUAUAUUUUUUGUGGAAACCUUUGUCUCCAUCAGAUAAAAUAUAUUACAUCAUGCGGGCUAAUUGGGAUAUGUAAUAUAAAUGAAUAUUUGCAAUAAUAUUUUCAUGUUUAUAUUUGAUCCUUGAAUAAACUUUCUGGCACGGUUAUCCUUUCA